AUGGCCGAGAUGAGCUUCCUGAGCAGCGAGGUGUUGGUGGGGGACUUGAUGUCCCCCUUCGACCCGUCGGGUUUGGGGGCUGAAGAGAGCUUAGGGCUCUUAGACGAAUACCUGGAGGUGGCCAAGCACUUCAAACCUCAUGGGUUCUCCGGCGACAAGGCUAAGGCGGGCUCCUCCGAAUGGCUGGCUGUGGAUGGGUUGGUCAGUGCCUCAGACAACAGCAAGGAGGAUGCUUUCUCCGGGACAGAUUGGAUGGUGGAGAAAAUGGAUCUGAAGGAGUUCGACUUCGAUGCCCUGUUGGGUAUAGAUGACCUGGAAACCAUGCCAGAUGAGCUUUUGGCCACGUUGGAUGACACAUGUGAUCUCUUUGACCCCCCACUCCAGGAGCCCCCGCAGAUAGUGAACCCAAUUGGCCAUCUCCCAGAAAGUUUACCAACAACUGACCAGGUUGCCCCCUUUACGUUCUUGCAAACUCUUCCCCUUUCCCCAGGGGCCCUGUCUUCCACUCCAGAUAAUUCCUUUAGUUUAGAGAUACAGGGUGAAGUGGAAAUCUCGGAAGGAGAUAGGAAGCCAGACUCCAUUACUUACAUUACCUUGAUUCCUCAAUGCAUAAAGGAGGAGGAUGCCCCCUCAGAUAAUGACAGUGGCAUCUGUAUGAGCCCUGACUCCUAUCUGGGCUCUCCCCAGCACAGUCCCUCCACCUCCAGGGCCUCUCCAAGUAGGAGCUUGCUCUCUCCGGGGGCCCCUUGUGGCUCUGUCCGCCCCAAACCCUAUGAUCCUCCUGGAGAGAAGGUGGUAGCAGCAAAAGUAAAGGGUGAGAAACUAGAUAAGAAGCUGAAGAAGAUGGAGCAGAACAAGACAGCAGCCACUAGGUACCGCCAGAAGAAGAGGGCAGAGCAGGAGGCCCUCACUGGCGAAUGUAAAGAGCUAGAAAAGAAGAACGAAGCUCUGAAAGAGAAGGCGGAUUCCUUGGCCAAGGAGAUUCAGUAUCUCAAAGAUCUGAUAGAAGAGGUCCGCAAGGCACGGGGGAAGAAACGCGCCCCCUAGCUGCCGGGCAGGGGUGUGCAUGUGCUUGUACAUAGGCUAGGGCUUUAGCUGUGUGUUGCAAUAAAUUAUUUUGUAGUGAA